AAAAUUGUUUUUAAAUAUAUAUAUAUAUACCAUAUAUACUAAAACAAAUGGAGCAAAAUAUUUUGUUUCGCAAACCAAUGUGUUUAAAAGAUAAACUUUUGCCCUGCAAUCAACUAAAUUGGACAAUUGAUGAAAUUUGUUUUUGAAAUCUAUCACGUUCUGAAUUUUAAGGCACAUACGCGUAACUUCCUGUAUUUUAAACACGUGAGUAUAAAUCAAUUGUCUCCGUCGUGUACCUUGAUAAUACCGACCCGGCGUUUUCGCAGAUUAAUUCGAUCAACGGAAUACUUACGCACAUCCGGUGCGUCAAUCAGGCGGUUCGUUUCAUCAUCCAUCCCCACCAUGAUCUCUACUGGCGUGUACUCUGCUACUUUUCUCUGUCUUCCCCGGCUCGCUGUACUCUCUCCCCGACAUCUUUCCUUCUUCCUCCUGUUGGCGCGCGUCUGCUCUAGUUCACCGAACGGUAGCCGGCUAGCACAGUCAGCCGGCAGUUCUUACCGGACUUUGUCAAGUGUCACUCGUUCUCCUAUCAGGAUCCUCCAGAUGUCUCGAAGAUAUUCGAGUGACACGAUUGAGAUCACGGGACGAUUGCCGGAAGAUCGAUCUUUUCGGAGCGGAUUUCACCAACCAAUUUGAUCCAAGAUCGAUCUUGAGGAUCCAGCGCAUCACUAUAGAGUAGACACGUGUUUGGCCAGGAUGAUGGCGAAAAAGGAGCAACUCCUAUUGUCGUGGUAUCCCGCCGAUUACUUGAACCGCCACGCGAAUUAACAAAUUGAAAUCACCGCUGCGAGCUAUCCAAAGGAGAAGUGAGGGAUCCAGAGACGCAAACGCUUGCAUCAGCGCGAUGAUCGAGGAUUGAUUCAACGAAAGUGUCGAAAGUGAAAUCUCGUCAAUUCGAUGUAGUGUCGCUGAUCGAUAAAGAUCCGGAACUAAGGAACUGCUCUCCUGCAACAGUAGGACAGCUAAAUCUUCAAUAGUUUCGAUAGAAACAAUCUUUCUAUACACAUCGAAUAAAGGAAGAAAGAUAUAUAUGACACUAUUCGAAUUGAAACGGAUUUUCUAUCGAGAGACACGGACUCAGAGAAUCCGAACUUUUAGAGAAAUUGAUAAUUUAGAAAAACUGACAACUUAAAUAAAGGUGUAUCAAUGCAUAGUUUUUAAUUUAAUAAGGGCAUUUACAAAAAGAAAUCUAUGAUUAUUUUCUAACAACAGGAUUUAGAUAUAUUAUUACACGAAUUCUUGACGACAGAUGUGGAAAUAUAUCGUGAGGCACUGAGUCUUGCUUAAAAGCCUUGCACUUGAAGAAUAUUACAAGAUACACAAAACGCACAAGAAUAUUGUAAGAGAUAAGGAAAGAGACAAGAAAAAGAUAAAGGGGAAAGAAUAAAGGAAGAAAUAAGGAAAAAAUACGGGGCGCUCAUUAUCUGACUUUCUUUUUUGCAAGAGAACAGAGAUGAAUUGCACGCAGGAAGACGAGCUUUGGGUAUUUGGAUAUGGGUCACUUUGCUGGAAUCCUGGUUUCUCGUACAUAAGUAGCACAACUGGCUUCGUGAGAGGUUUCAGCAGGCGAUUCUGGCAGGGCAACACCACGCACCGUGGAACGACCGAAAAGCCUGGGCGAGUCGUCACUCUAAUUGAGGACAAAGAGGCUAUGGUGCAUGGACGAGCGUUUCAGCUUCAGGACAGUGCGGCGCUAUCUUAUUUAGAAAACCGCGAAUGCUCCUUAGGAGGAUACCUGAUGACCAUCGCGACGUUUCACAGCCGGGAUGGGAACAGACAAUUUCCAGUGGUAAUUUACAUCGCCACCAGCAAAAACGAGCAGUGGCUCGGCGACGCAUCGUUGCAGACUAUAGCGCACCAAAUCACCGAAUCUUCUGGCUCGAGCGGACAUAACGUCGAGUAUCUCUUACGCUUGGCGGAGUUCAUGCACCGUUAUUUGCCAGAGGCGCACGACGAGCAUCUCUUCACGCUGGAAAUGUUGGUACGCUCGCGAAUAAAGGAGAAGAGCAUGUGCCUGAUGACACUGAUGGGAAAUCGCGACUUCGACAUCGACCUCGACGAGGAUGCUCACGCCGAAUCGGCUGUUCCUAUGGAUCAGGAAGUUAACGGGCGAUCCAGGGAGAACUCUUUCCAGUUUAGCGCGCGGAUUCCGUCCAAGAGCUUGCGUUGCGUAAAAAUGUAGCAAAUUCUCAUGUAGAAAGAGAGAUUGCAGCAAUGUUGUAAAAUGUCCGCCUUCAAAAAUAUUGCAAUGCAGUAUUCACUCUUUAUGACAAUGUUGCUGCAACCUUCUGUGCUGUGUAAGUUAAAAUGCACGAUUGUAUGUUUAAACUUCGAUCGCAUAUCCGUACGUAUGUGAUAACGAAUGACGAAAGCGACAGUUUAUUUUCUUAGAGAAACGUGCAAUUCGAGUACAAAUUUCCAAAUGUAUAUAACGCGAACUAAUAACGAAAUCACAUUCUCGUAGACAUUGCAUGAAUGAACUCGAACUUGAAGAGCAAAUAAUUAUUUAAUGAAAAGCUCAAGGAAAAGAAGCUACGGUCUAAAUUUAAAAGAAUUAAAAGUAAUCAAUUGCAAAUUUCUUCGAGAAUAUAAUCUCACUGUUGAUAUAUGUCUCUCGUUUAGAGGAUAUACGUAUAAACGUAUUUGUGAGACGGCUGUGUUAAUUUUGUAUUACGUAACGUGCUGAACACGUGCACGUGUCUAAAUAAAUUUCUUUAUUUUGUCAACUA